AUGGGUUUCAUGAAGAGUAUCACCAACAAGAAGAUGUCUGGCAAAUCUUCCAAGUCCAACAGCAGCAAACAAGAUGGGAGUUCCGAUUCAUGGUCCAAGGGAGGUGUGUCCUCUGCAGAAGUGGCAAUGCUGAUUGGGGCCAAGACCAACGAACAGAUUCUUAUGGAAUUCAUGGGUACGCCAGUGCGAUACACAAACAAUAAAAGAGUCUCAAGAUCAGGGAUUGAUCAAAGUAAAAAGGUAUCAUCCAGAGGUGCAUGA